AAAACAAGCCACGCCAUCCUCUGUCCCUGAGUUGGAUCAUACAUUAUUAAUGUGCAAAGUAUUGUUUUUUUUUUUUUGGGGUGUCAAAUAAAUAUAACCAAGAAGUAUGCCAACUUCUAUUUUCCUCCUAUGCUCUUUUGUGAACCGAUUUCGGCCAACAGGGACGUUGUUCUCAUCUUCCAGGGUACUUUGAUAUUCUUCCUGGCUAAUUCUAAAGCCCUAAAUCCCAAGAUUCGUCACUACUACACUGCAAUUUUUAGUGCUUGAUUUCCCUGCUCCUCGGCUGAAUUUGCAUUUCGUGACGGCCCUGUGAUUUUGAUCACGCUUUUAGGGUUUUUACUUCCUGAUUACUUCGUUUGAUUCUUCGAUAAAUGGGGAGCAGAAAGGAAGAUGAGAGAAAUGAGAAGAUUAUUAGAGGUCUUAUGAAGCUUCCGCCUAAUCGAAGAUGUAUCAACUGCAAUAGCCUGGGUCCGCAAUACGUCUGUACGACUUUUUGGACCUUCGUUUGCAUGACAUGCAGUGGGAUACAUCGUGAGUUUACUCAUCGAGUUAAGUCUGUAUCAAUGGCAAAGUUCACUUCUCAGGAAGUAGAAGCUCUUCAAAAUGGUGGCAACCAGCGCGCAAGGGAUACAUAUUUGAAAGACUGGGAUUUCCAAAGGCAGCGUAUGCCAGAUAGCAGCAAUGCUGACAAAAUAAGGGAGUUUAUAAGGAAUGUGUACGUUGAUAGAAGAUAUGCUGGAGCAAGGUCUGCUGACAAGCCUCCAAGAGAUACGCAGAGCCCUAGAAUCCAUGGAGAGGACACAAGGCGUGCAAGCUCAUAUCAUUCAUAUUCUCAAAGCCCUCCAUAUGAUUAUCAAUAUGAAGAUCGACGGUAUGGAAGACAAGCAGCUGCAUUAACCAGGAAGCCUGGUUCGGAUAAAGGUCGCUAUGAGGGGAAGAUGUCUAGUAUUAUGUAUAGUCCUGGGCGCUUCAGUGACCAUGCAUCUGAUGAGGGCUUUGCUAAUGAGGGAUCUGGUCCAAGAAAUUCAGACUAUUCUGUAUCUGGUGCUGGUGAACAAUUGAAAUCUGUUGUGCAGUCUCCUAAGUUUUAUAAAGACAUGCGAAGCAGUCCAUUCCAUCAGCGUUCUAGUGCCGGUUCAAGUGAAGAUGUAUGGUCUCCAUCACGGUAUACAUCUCUGGAAACAAUUGUCAAGGGUGAUUCAGAUGGACAUCAUCCACAGUGUGCCAGGCCAAUAUCACAACAAUCUUGUCCAGCAAGAUCAGUUAGCUUGGAUCUUUCAAAGGCACCAGUGGCAUCUGAGCCAUUAUCUUCCUUAAAGCCACCUGUUGAUCUUUUUGAGUUUCCAGCAUCAUCUCAGGCUCCAUCAAUGGAUUUGUUUCAACCAUCUAUUUUGUCUUCGGCUCCAUCUUCAAACAAAAAUCAACCUUCACAAACAUCCCAGUCCUCAUCUAUUGACUUCUUUGCGGAUGUUUCCGAGCAGCAGCCUGCAGCUACAUCAGAUGAGAAGUCUCCAGAGUUCUUUGUCCCUAAAAAUGAAGGAUGGGCAACAUUUGAUCUCCCUCAGCACACAGCAUCUCCUGCACAAGUUGAAAUUCCAGCAGGAGUUCCGUCAACUGACAAGUCUUUGAUGGAAUUAUUUGAUCCAUUUUCAACUGCAAAUACUAGCACGCAGUGGCCAUCUUUUGACACUUCUGGUGUUCAUGACCCUUCAAUCACUUAUAAUGCUUGGCGUGGUGGUGUGCAAAAUGGAGAACAAGCUUCCAUUGCUCCAGCAAAUGCUCAAUCAUGGAAUGCAUUUGAAGAUCCUGGUUCCCACCUUCCUGUAGAUGCUGUUAAUCAAGGGUCGCUACUACAUAAUCUUCCAUCAAGUGAUGAUCAAUUUUUGAGCUCAAAAGUUUCUGAGGGCUCCAAAGGUGGGGUGCAAGAAUUUGCCCCUCUUGGUGGAUUUAAUGAUAACAUUCAAUCAGAUGCUAGUGGUUUACCAUAUCCUCCAACCGUCCUUCCUCUCAAGGAAGAGACUCAACACAAUGCAACCAAUCAGAAAUCAACUAAUCCGUUUGAUCUUCCCUAUGAAUCUGAUGCAGAGCACAACAAUAUGUUCCUUGAUUUGAGCUCACUGCAAGCUGCUCUGCCAGAUUCGCAGUUGGCUCCCCCAUACCAUGGUGGUUACCAUGGUGGUAUAGCUGAACCAUGGCUCCCGCAAAGUGUGACCCCAUUUAUUUCUUCUGCAGGACAAGGUGGUCUAACAUUCAUGGCUGCACAGCCCCCAAGUUCUCAAAUACCGAACAUCCAGACGCAAGGACCAGUUGCAUCCUUUGGGGGCAAUCCUUUUGCAUAGGAUUCGGUUGUAUAGUGUGUUUUUUUCAACAAAAUUUAUGCAUGGCCAUCCAGUAACUACUCAUAGAAGUCAUUUAGUCAUUAGCGUGCCUUAUUGUUAGUUACACUGUUUCCAAUUGCUUCUGCAGUGAGCGAUGGCUUACAGAUCAUAGUUCCUGCGGCACACUGGCCGUGAUUAUUAAAUUACGUUGUCCUUAGAAUUAUUGAUCGGUAGAUAGUUUUCUGGCAGGUAAUGUAAUUUAACUUAGACAAAUUGGAAUUUUAGAGUGAAAUUUUUCAUUUUGACGCA